AUGUCUGGCUUCAUCAUCAACAACGUUAUCGAGGACGGCGAUUCCACACCGCGUGGUCGUCAAUCCCUCACACCCGUACCAACCCGCCAGGUCUAUGUGCCACCACAACGCCGUGCAUUCGCCCACUCAACCCCUGAACGGCCCGAGUCUGCCAUGUCAGACGCUAGCUUCAUUACUCAAGCACCAAUGAACGGCGGUGUCUCCCUUCGCGGGUACACGAACAACACGCGCGGCUUCGGCCAGGCCGACUUGAGUGGUAAGUUUCAUCACGCCUUAGACAGUGAUGGCAUUCCCAACACACACGGCAUUGAGGGUAGUAUGAUCGGCAAUCGUAUGGGUAUGUAUGGAAAUGGCAAUCUCGAGAACCGUGGCUACGAUGGUGGGUUCAAUGAUCGAUCCGGCGGCAGUCGUGGAUUGGGUGACGGAUCAAGGGGUCAAGCUUCUCCAGGCUUUCAGCAGCAUCCCAACCAACCGCUGAUUGAUGACAGUGCCAUCGCUUCUGGUCUGUCUACCGGCUCUGCUCGUGACUCUGCCGUUGGCACAUCCGUUGUUCCCACUGCCCGUCAGCUCGCCGACCUCAUUCGCAUGGGCCUCUGCGAUCCCAGCGACGACGAUGAGCACACCAUCAUUGGCUCUGGCACUCGCAUGCACACGAGGAAUGCACACACGGCCGCAGCUAUGAGCUUGACUGCUCCACCUCGCCGUCAGAAGUAUAACGUCUCUGACGCUCAGCUUGAUCCCGUCUACAAGCCGGCCUUUGCCACCAUUCGCGAGCCAGAUGCCAAGGGCAACCCUUCCGCCUUCGUUCAGGUCAUUCAACUCAAGCUUCCGGAAUGGUUCGACUUUGCGGCGAACGGCAUCAAACCGAGCACCGAAGAAAUGUUCGAUGACCUGCCUGUCGUUGAGGCCUGCCGUGUCGCCGUGCCCAGCGAUGCCGGUGUCAUUCGUAUCCGCAACAUCCCCUACGCCACUCCCAAGGCCGAAAUCACUGCCAUCGUCAACCGCAACGUCCAGAUCAUCAGUCAGCCCGCAGGAUCUCCAUACUUCGCCACCCACAUUGUGAUGGAGCGCGGGAGCGGCAAGACUAUGGAUGCUUUCAUCGAGGUUUCCACGCCCUAUGAGGCCAAGCGUGUGGUUGAGCAAUUCGGCCGACGUGCCAUGAGUGGUCGUCCUGCCCGCGUUGGUGAUCGUGUCGUAGAAGUGGAGACGUCUUCUCAAGAAGACUUCAUGAGUGAGAUGUUCCCGCGCGCGAAGAACAUCGUUUGGCAUGGUGCCACUCCCAAAGUUCUGCUCAACACUGAGGAGUUCUAUCCUGGUCAGCUGUCCGCAGGCUUCACCGGUUUCAUGACUCCGGAAGAGAUCGUAAUGGUUGUCAAGCAUGCUGAGGCUCCGCAUCGCUCUGUCUUCGCCUCACGCAUCAUGGUCCGUGUCUACGAGAGCCUUACAUCCACCAUUCACAAGUACCCCUGGUUCGCCCACGAGUGUGUCAACAUGGUCGAGCGUCGUCUUCUUUACGACUGCUGCAUCUCCGUUGCCAAGGCUCUUAUGCUCUUCCUACGUCGCACCACUAGCGAGCGUCUCGACAACACCAAGCCCACUGCCGCUACUCUCAAGGAGAUGUCGGUCGCCGUCUUAACCUGCCCAGGCUUCAGCGAGCAGCAGAAGUUCCACUACAUUCAGCAUCUCGGCGCACAGGGUUACGCUCACUUCAGUAGUGCCCAAGGCUUGAAUGUCGUCUUCGGCGGUACUUCUCCAUUCGCGUCUGCUUGGCCUUUCAUGGUGCUUGCCCGCAAUCCCGCUUCGCCUGAGCGCAUGGUUCAAUACUUUGCGAGCCUGAUCAGUGAUGCGAUCAACGGUGGCCGUCCGCUCACUUUGGCACAACGCUUUGCGAUGCGCACGUCUGAUGUGGGUCUUCAAGGCCCGUUCGGCAACCUCACUAUUGCUUACGGUGAUGCCAAGAGCCUUGCGCAGGUUGGUGAGAUCGAGAUGCAGACGGUGGAGGCGUUGUUGCGUCGUGUGCUGCCCAUCUCGCGUAGUGCAUCCCAGGUUUAG